AUGGCUGGUGCAGGUUUACAGCACUCCUCUGGCGACAGUGCAGAUGACACUGACAAGACAAGGACGAGAGGGUUUGGUGGCAGCAAGCGUGAGCAUCCGCUUACCAAGUCGUCCUUCUUCUCGCAGUUGUACUGGCUCUGGUUGUGGCCGCUGCUGCUUUAUGGCCGCAAGAACGAUAUCACGGCGGACGACAUCUGGGAGCUGCCAGAGAGGGACCAUGGCGACCGACUGCUGGCCAGUUACAAGUCAUGGCGAGCGCGCAACCGUGGCCGCCGCAUCAACCUGUGGCACUUGCUGGCGGCCAAGUUUUGGAAGCGAUGGCUGAUUGCCGCCGGCUUGUAUGUCAUCUGGUGCACCUCCGCGGGUCUGCAGCCGUUUCUCGUGAAGCGCAUCGUUGCCUUUCUAGAGGAUGACACCAAACCUGUGCGGGAAGGUGUGUAUCUGAGCGUGGGGCUCGGUGUCUGCACCACCAUCUACGCCCUGGCCAUCAACCACAAAUUCCACCAGCUCUUCCGCAACGGAGUGCGCAUGCGUGGCAUGCUCAUGACCAUCAUGUUCCAGAAGGCCCUCACCAUCGCCAUGUCGACAGACCAGAAUGUUGGCUCUGUCACAAACAUGAUGAGUAACGACACAGAACGCCUCUUUGAGAUGCAAAUCCUGUUCCAUUACCUGUGGGCGUCACCUCUGUUUGUGGUUGUCAUGCUGAUUCUGCUCGCGCUCGAUAUUGGACCCGCCGCCAUCGUCGGCUUUGGUCUCCUCCUCCUCGUCAUCCCAGUUCAGGCGCGGCUUGGCGGGUAUGUUGGUCGGAAGAAAGGCGAGAUGCUGGCGACAACAGACGAGCGAACCAACCUCAUGUCGCAAGUCAUCACAGGCAUGAACGUCAUCAAGUUGUACAGCUGGGAGCUGCCGUUUGCACAGCGCUUGACACAGCUCAGGGACCAGGAGGUGCAGCUUCUCUCGCGUAUCCAGUACGUGCGCGCGUUGAUGCGGACGGUGCUGUAUGUUGCGCCGUCUGUCGUUGGCGCCGUGACGCUGGCCGUGUAUGUGGCGCUGGGGAACGAUCUCACACUCGAGACGACGUUCAGCACCCUCAGCUACAUCAACAUUGUUCGCUUCCCCAUGCUGCUCAUUCCAAACUCGUACGCGCUGCUGGGAGAGGGGCGUGCCUCCAUCCGCCGAAUCACCACGUACCUGGAGCAGAGCGACACGCCCGCCUGCGAUGGUGGCGACAGCGGUGAUGGUGGUGACGACGAUGAGGGUGAUGAUGUUGUGGACGGUGGUCGCAGGGAUGAUGACAGUGAUGGAAAGGCAGCAGAGGCGGAGACAGAAGAUGAAGACGGCGUUGAAUGGAGCGACAGUCAUGGCAAGACGUGUCAUCAUGAUCGUAGCGAUGAGAGCAAGGGCUGCACAGCGAGUAAACGUGGCUCGCACGUGCAUGAUGACGGUACGGUGGUGCUCGGGAACGAGGUGUACUGGUGGCACCAGAAGCGCUGCGAUGUGUCCAUCAACAUCACCAAUGAUGCAAAUGCAAGUGCCAGAGCUUCCAUGGCUGAAACGCCUCACGCGAUUGCGUACACGCCCCUGACCAUCCCCGCCGGGUCACUCGUGACAGUCGUUGGUCGCGUUGGCAGCGGCAAGACUGCCUUCCUCCUCUCCCUGCUGGGCGAACUGUGGCGCCACGACAACAACAACAACAGCAGUGGUGCGGGUGGUUCUGUGAGGAAGGGCGAUGGUCACUCCAAGCGACCACAGCAAGCAGCACGUGCCGAUGCCAACAACACCACUGCCAACCACAGCAACAGCAACAGCAGCACCAACGCCAACAUCAACAUGAACAACUCCGCGACUGUGACGAGUGACGUGAGCAGGAGAGCGUGUGCCCGCCGCCGCCCCAAGAUGUGCUAUGCGCAGCAGUCGCACGUCAUCUUCAAUCUCACGCUGAGGGAAAAUGUGCUGUUUGGAGCCCCGUUUGAUGCCGCCAAAUUCAAAUUCGCCGUCACCGCUGCCUGCUUGGACCGCGAUAUUGCCCUUCUGCCACACGGCACAGAGACAGAGAUUGGCGAGAAUGGCGUGAAUUUGUCUGGCGGACAGAAAGCGCGCGUUGCGUUUGCCCGCUGCAUCUACCACUCGUUUGACGCCAACACCAUCUUACUCGACGAUCCACUGUCCUCUGUUGACAUCCACGUGGCGAGCGACAUGUUUCGAAACGGCAUUCAAGGAGCGCUCGCUGGCAAGACGCGGUUUGUGGUGAUGAGCUCACACCAGGACCUGGCAAAGGAGGCCGAUGUUGUGCUGACAAUUGAGGACGGGCGCAUUGCACACGUCAAGUGGCGCCGCACUGGUGCUGAUGGCGACAGCGGCGGUGAUGGCGUGAAACUGCAACGUGAAGAUGGUGCAGACGUGGACAUCGCAGCCCCGGCUGCCUGUUGUGUUGGCGCCACCAACAACACCGACAGCAACAGCAUCGAUGACAGUGUGGCAGGCAAACCUGCGUCAACCCCAGCCGCAGCAAAGACAUCAACCCCUGCCGCCGCCACCACCGCUGCUACUGCUGCUGCUGCUGCCAAUGAAGGCUUGACGUGGGGCGGGGUCGUCAUCUUUGCAGUCCUGUUUGUGUACGUGUUUGGCCAGUGCGUGCGAGUGAUGGCGGACGUGUGGCUGACGUGGUGGGCAACAGAUGCCGAUCCGCAGUCCGAGGACCUCCCACCAGACCUCUGUGUGUGUGUGUGUGUGUGUGCCGUGUGCGUGCGUGUGUGCGUGUGUGUGUGCGUGUGUGUGUGUGUGUGUGUGUGUGUGUGUACAAGUGCACGUGAUUUCAGUACUUGCAUGCUCAAUCCCAAUCACGACCAUCACCACCACCACCACCACCACAGGCUGCUGCAUGCGCCGAUGGCCUAUUUCCACAGCAAUCCGCCCGGUCGCCUCCUCAACCGCUUCUCCACAGAUUUGCACCGAGUGGACAUGCUGCUGCCUGAUUUUCUGUUUCAGUUUCUGGACAACAUCUUCGUUCUUCUAACGGCGAUGGCGCUUGCUGUUGUGAGCGUGCCCUGGCUCCUCAUCCUCAUUGCACCCCUCCUCCUCGCAACAUACUUCAUUCAAAACACGUACCGCAGUACCUCACGCGAGCUCUUGCGAAUUGAGGCCAUCACCAAAUCUCCAAUCUACUCUCUCUUCUCCCAAGUCCUCAGCAGCAGGGUGUCUGUGCGAGCGUUUCGGGUUGCCAAGCACAUGACGGCCAAAGUCCACGCCACCAUUGACCAUCACCUCAAGAUUUUCCUCAUCAACAAACUGCUUGAGCGCUGGAUGUCCAUCACAUUCAACGGCCUCGCAACCGCUGUCGGCACGGUUCUCUGUCUGGUUGCUGUUCACAUCCGAGACGAUGUUGAUGCGUCGCUGAUCGGCCUUGCUCUCGUGUACUGCCUCCAACUGGUGAGCACUUUGCUGAUGGUGGUGGUGCGCAUUCGUGAGGUGGAAGGACUUCCACUCGAGAUUCCACGCGAACACAUUGAUACCUCCACCUCCCACCACAGCAAGGAGGGCGACGAAGCUCCCGCUCCCGUGCUCCCGCCCCACUGGCCGACGAAGGGCAGCGUGGACUUCAAGGACGUCGUGUUGCGCUAUCGCCCCCAUCUCCCACCGGCACUCAAGCACUUCAACCUCCACAUCCGCGCGGGCGAAAAGCUUGGCAUCUGUGGGCGCACGGGUGCUGGCAAGUCCACCAUUAUCUCGGCGCUGUUUCGCCUGUUCCCCUGUGAGGCCGGCGGCAGGAUUGAGCUUGAUGGCGUCAACUUGUUUGACCUUCCGCUUCACGUUGCGCGCCGCAGCCUUGCGAUUAUUCCGCAGGAUCCCGUCCUCCUCAACGGAACCGUUCGCCAAAACCUCGACCCCCUCGCCAUGCACACCGACGAAGAAAUCUGGAAGGCGCUCGCGGACGUCAACCUUUCCUCCUACUUGCAAACGCGGUUUGGCGACGGGGUGCUUGACAUGGCUGUUGGGGAGGGCGAUGGCGGCGUCGUGUUCUCGCACGGGCAGCGGCAGCUCCUCUGUAUCGCCCGCGCACUCCUCAGGGAGAGCCGCGUGCUGGUGUGCGAUGAGGCGACGAGCAGUGUCGAUCAGGAAACGGAUUUGAUGAUCCAGCGCGUCCUCACACAAGUGUUUUGUGAUCGCACUGUCGUCAUCAUCGCCCAUCGUCUCGACACCAUCCUCACAUGCGACCGCGUCCUCGUGAUGGACGCCGGCGAGGCGGUUGAGAUUGGAGAGCCGAAAACGCUGUUGGCGCAGCCGUCGUCUCGUUUCAGACGUAUGGUGGAACAGCUGCAGCGCGAGGCUGUGGAAGAGACGCUCGCAGCAAGCACUGACAACACUGGUGGUGGUGGUGAUGUUGUGAAGGAGGGUGUCCACGGUGGUCACGGCAGUGACGACGUGAGUGACGUUGUGGACAUGGAUGCUGUGUGGCGCGACGCAGGCGACAACAACAACAGCUACAACAACAGCUACAAUACUGCUGCCACUGAUGGCGACGGCGGAUCGCUGUCAUUUGUGCAACGCCGCGGCGACGAAAGCGAUGAUGACCCGAACAUCAGCGUCGUGUAG